GGACGUGUCGGUUGUCCGCGCUGCCUAUCGUUGUGAAUCCGAUAGUAUACGGCAACGACAGCCGCUUGAUACGUACAUCACUCUCCUGCAGUACCUCGCCGCGCGUGUGAACGAUUUUGUGUAUCCUCUUUUAACAAAUGUGAAGUAGACGAAAAAUCGUUAAUUUUUAGACAAUUUAAUAAGAGUUAGUGAAAAUUAUUUCCAAAUAUCGAACUGAUUCGAAGUAUAAGUUUUAACUUCUAAUACAAAGGAGAAAGAUGUCAGAAAAAGCAUCCGAAUAUUUAAAGCGAACUUGUCUUAUCUGCGGUUGCCACACAAAUCAAACCAUUAACAUAUAUGAACCGCGAAAUGGACCAAACAUUGUAGAAUUGAUUCAAGCCAAGUUCAAAUUCCAGCCCCUAAACGAGGAUAAAUAUUUAUGUUUUAGCUGCAAUAAUUGGUUAAUAAAUUGGCACUCAUUACAGGCGUCAAACAGUAAUGACGCAGAAAGCCCAUCCGGUACGUUUCGACCUCAAAUGAAUAGUAUGUUUCACAAGGAGAAAGCAAAAAAUCCCCGCCAACAAACACAGCCAAGUCACAUGCAUUGCCAAAAAAAUUACCAACUUUGUCGUCCCACAGCCAAAGUGCGACCUUGGAGAAUCACAGAAAAAGCACACAAUGAAAUCAAUUGGAAAAGACAAGUGCUUAAGAAACAAAAGGCUUUUACAGGCAAAAGUAAAUGGAUUCUGAAGCUUCAACGCAAAUAUCACGAAAAUCGCAGAAUAUCUCUGAGGAAUGUUCGGCUACGUCGUAGUCUGAGGCAAUGUAACACUUAUAAUUUUUAUCUUUUUAGUCAUAACAGCAAACCAAAUAAACUGUCCUUUGCAAAAUUUGUUCAAAAACUCAAAAAGCAAAGGUAUAUCGGAGAAGAAUAUAUAAAGAAAGUGAAACAGAACCAAGAAUGUUGGGAUCCAGGUGUUUAUCAGAAGAGUAGCCCUGGAGACAACAACAAUGCGAUAUCCGAACUAAACGAGAAGACAUCGGUAAAUAAUUAUGAUAAGCAGUGUUUAAAACGUCCUAUGUUAGAUGGAAAGGUAAUAUCCAUGUUAAGGCGUCUGGGAACUACGUUAUCUCUUGAGAAUCGCGACGCCAGCGCAAAAGCUUCCACACCACUACUUCGGCGAAUAAUGAACCCUGUAAAAUCAAAACCGCAAUGGAAAAGUCAAUUGAACGAAGAUGAAAUUCUACUUGGCUUUGAUUCCGCAAUAUCGGAAGUGCUACCACAAGUAAUCCAACAGCGGCAACAAAAAGUCAACGGUAAUAAUUGUGUACCGGAAAUUUUCGCUGUGAUGCAGGCGAAACGAAAAUUGGCGUAUCAAGUAUCAUUUGGUAAAGAUGAUAGUCAAUAUGUUUAUCCACGGCUACCUGAAGGCCUGAGUAUUUCUUUGGUUUAAGUGCUUAAGAUUUAACGCGCGGUGCAAUCACUGAGUGUGGUGACAUGUGUGAAUAUGCAUACAUACAUAUGCACAUAUCUAUGUACAUACCUACAUGUGUAUAUCGAUACACUCUGCGCUGCAUUUGCACGUUUAAAAAACUGCUUUCAAUUUGGUCACACGUAUGAGUUAUCAAAAAUCAUUCAAAUCAAAAAUCAUACACACAAUUAUCUCCACAAAAAACCUCACUUUAUAAAGCUAUAAUCAGCUGUUGAAAUUGAACGGAAAAUUGCCUAUCACCUUGAAAUAAAAAUUGCUUUCAAGUUGAUAACAAACGGAGACCGCAAGGUGCGCAAUUAGGUCUCUCUGUGCGGUGCGCAGGCCCCAAAGGACCGGAGAAAUAUUUUCGCGCUCACACUUUUGCAAAGUGUUUGGCCGAGCUGCUUCAAUUUGUGGAGUUUUACUCCGCAUCUGAGUGGCAAAUAGAUUUUAAGAGCAGCUUUCUCAUGGCAGAAAUACGCUGCUAGAAAAACUGUUUCUAAUAUAGAUGUUUCUCCAGACUGAUAUCGAAUCCAGGUCCUGCGGAGUGGUAGUACGCACCUCUAAGCACUCAGCCACAGUGAUUUCGGAGUCCCUGAAAGCUCCUUCAGAGCAUCCGCAAAGACUCCGUGCGGACUCCUCUAUUCGCCUACGCUAUUUGACUCUUUAGAGAUAACCUAGUCGGAGUGUUUUGGGAGUGAUCCGAUAAUAGUCCGAAAAGUACAGGGUUUCUCAAAAUGCUCCUAAUUUUAUUUACAAUCAACAAGUAUUGGAACAUUUUCAUCUUUUCUUUUUAUUGAAAAAUGGCUUUCCAUAUUAUACCGAACAUAAACAAGUCAAAACGGAGAAAUAAUGAAACAAGUAACUUGUAGCAAAAAAAAAUACAAUACAACGGACUUCAAUGGUGUGUUUUUACUCUCUAGAAAAUAAUUUAUGUAACCUCACAUACGCGGUUUUACAUUAUCUUGAUACCAGGGAUUGGCAUUGGUUGAUCGUCAAUUGUUUCAUACUCAAUCAAUACCGCUGCUUUGUAUGACUGAGCAGCGGCGUUGGCUUAGGUCGGUGUUAUGCAGACAAACUUUUGUUUGCCAAAUUAA